AUGGCAUCAUGGCUCGCGCACGCCCGCCGCAUCAACCGGCACAACCUCGCAACCUUCCGUCGCGCGCCUCUCGCCGAGAUAUCAGGGUCUCUGGGCGACCUCGGGACGCUUCUGCCUCUCAUGAUUGCCCUUGCCGUCCAGAACUCGAUUGACCUGGGCUCGACGCUCGUCUUCUCGGGCAUCUUCAACAUCCUCACCGGCUUGGCGUUUGGCAUCCCGUUGCCGGUGCAGCCCAUGAAGGCCAUAGCAUCGGCAGCCAUUUCAGGCCGCCAGGACCCUGCCAUGGGCGUCGUUGUCGCCGCCGGCCAGUGGGUUGGCGCCGCUGUGCUCGUCAUGAGCGUCACCGGCCUUUUGCGCCGGGCCGUCACCGCUGUGCCCGUCCCCGUCGUCAAAGGCAUCCAGCUCGGCGCCGGCCUGUCCCUGAUCAUCGGAGCCGGCUCGUCCCUUGUGCGGCCCCUGCACUGGCUCCACCCGGCCCUGGACAAUCGGCUCUGGGCUCUCUUCGCCUUCCUUGCGCUCAUCGCCACGCAGCGUCUGCCCCGUUUCCCAUAUGCCUUGUUCUUCUUCGCCUUGGCCUUGGUAUUCUCCCUAGUCCAGGUGCUCGUGUCUCACCAUAGUCUGCCUGGCUUUCAUGUCUGGCACCCUCGCUUUAUGUUGCCCACUUGGCUUGGCGUUCGUGACGCCCCGGCCCUGUGGAUGGCCAUCGGGCAGCUGCCCUUGACCACACUCAACUCCAUCAUUGCCGUCAGCGCCCUGGCCAGCGAUCUUCUCCCCGAGCUGCCUUGCCCUUCCGUCACUUCGAUUGGCAUUAGCGUCGCCUUGAUGAAUCUUAGCGGCACCUGGUUCGGAGCCAUGCCCGUGUGCCAUGGUGCAGGGGGACUCGCGGCGCAAUACCGCUUUGGCGCCCGCAGCGGUGCGAGCGUCAUCUUUCUUGGCGUCAUCAAGCUCGUCCUGGGCCUCGCGUUCGGAGAGACGCUCGUUGACCUGCUAAAGCAGUACCCCAAGAGCUUGCUGGGCAUCAUGGUCCUCGCCGCCGGCCUCGAGCUGGCCAAGGUCGGCCACUCCCUCAACCAGGGAGCUCCCGAUCUGUGGCAGCAGUCUGCGAGCCAGGACAGCCCCUCGAUCGCGAGAAGUCAUCGUAGCUUGACUGACGAGGAACGUCUAGAAAGAUGGACGGUGAUGCUCAUGACCACUGCCGGCAUCCUGGCCUUCCACAACGAUGCCAUUGGUUUUCUGGCCGGGAUGCUGUGCCACGGGGCUUACAGUGAAGCGAGUCUUUCGCUCCCUGCCAUUACACCAUUAACCUACGACUAG